AUGCUUGCCGGUCACUGCGUCGUUAUCGUAACUUGGGCGCCGGGAUUAACCGGUAACGUUAACGCCGGCCGCGUCACGGGCUCGGUGUCUAGGACGUUUUCUUGCCUCCGCAUGGAUAUGCUCGUCGGUGUCGGUGGUGGUGUGCCCCGCGCCCAACCCUCAGACGACCCUACCCAAGACUUGCAUGUUGGGGAUAUUGUGGUCGGUUGGCCCGGCGACGGAAGGCCCGCGAUUGCUACGGGAAACGCGGUGGUGAGGGACGGCGAACGGCGGGAUCAGAUUCGAGACCUGUGCAACGGUGCUUUUUGCAUCGAGAUGGAGGCCGCGGGGGGUCCGUUGUGA